UCUGUGUGUGGCACAGGGUUGUGUUGCUGGAAGAAGGGGGAAAUGAGCGAAAGGCGAAGAAGUACAACGUUACCCGUUUAAACGUUGCAAACCUCUUCAAAAUCGGAAGUAUAUUUUUUGGCAGUGUUUUCUGGUGGAUUACGCGAAUUUUUUUCUGCGCCGUGGAGUUUGGCGUCUCUGUAUUGCUCUGCCUCGGACCUGCGCGCGGAGAUUCACACACUCACUCCUCGAGUCGCCUCUUUUGAGAAAGAAAGAGUGAGCGCGCACGGAAGAUGUUUGUCGCCGUUUGCGUCCACCAGGAACCUUUUCUUCCUCUCUGCGCCGAAGAGUAAGACAUUCAAUUGGUGUUUAAUAUUUCAGAACUUGAUUGCAGUUGCUGAAACGGUGGAAGUGAUUCGGCGAUUCGGACGCACAAAGACAGGGAUCAAGCAGCAGAGAUCUGAGAGCACAGGAUUUUGCCCCCCAGUGGGCUUCAUGUCCAACUGAUUUUUGUCGGGUACAGUGGCGUGCCAGUGGACAACUCCCCACCAAAUAGACCACCAAUAAAUAAAGGAUACAUUUCAAUAUGUAUCCACAGGGCCGGCAUCCGGCGCCCCACCAGCCUGGUCAGCCAGGCUUCAAAUUCACAGUGGCGGAGUCCUGUGACAGGAUCAAAGAUGAAUUUCAGUUCCUGCAAGCCCAGUAUCACAGUCUUAAAGUGGAGUAUGACAAACUGGCCAAUGAGAAGACAGAGAUGCAGCGCCAUUAUGUCAUGUACUAUGAGAUGUCCUAUGGGCUGAACAUUGAAAUGCACAAACAGACCGAGAUUGCUAAAAGGCUUAAUGCGAUACUAGCCCAGAUUAUGCCUUUUCUGUCACAAGAGCACCAACAGCAAGUAGCGCAAGCUGUUGAACGUGCAAAGCAAGUGACAAUGACUGAACUGAAUGCUAUCAUCGGGGUACGUGGACUUCCCAAUCUGCCUCUCACCCAGCAGCAACUCCAGGCCCAGCACCUCUCUCACGCUGUCCACGGCCCUGUGGCUUUACCCCCCCACCCUUCUGGCCUGCAGCCCCCUGGAAUCCCACCGGUCACUGGCUCCGGCCUGCUGGCUCUGGGAGCCCUGGGAAGUCAGCCACACUUGCCUGUGAAGGAUGAAAAAAACCACCACGACUUAGAGCACAGAGAGAGCACAAACAACUCCAUCUCCCCAUCAGAUAGCCUUCGCACAACCAGCGAGAAGCACCGUGGCUCCUCUGAUUACAGCCUGGACUCCAAGAAGCGCAAAGUGGAAGACAAAGACAGCAUGAGUCGAUAUGACAGUGAUGGAGACAAAAGUGAUGAUCUUGUGGUUGACGUUUCCAAUGAGGACCCUGCCACUCCUAGAGGCAGCCCUGCCCACUCCCCUCCUGAGAAUGGAAUAGAUAAACCUCGCCCUGCAAAAAAAGACAUGCCCAACAGUCCCGCCUCUGUGGCCUCCUCCGGCAGCACUCCCUCAUCCAAAAACAAGGAGCACGGUCAUAAUGACAAAUCCUCCACGCCUGGUCUCAAGUCUAACACCCCCACACCUCGUAACGAUGCCCCCACCCCAGGCACUAGCACCACCCCUGGCCUGCGGCCCAUCCUGGGCAAGCCUCCGAUGGAAGCUCUGGCCGCCCCUGCUCUGCGCACUCCCCUCUCCUACCCAACUCCCUUUGCCAUGAUGGGCCACCAUGAGAUGAAUGGCUCUCUGACAAGCCCUGGAGUCUACGCUGGCCUGCACAUUUCCCCUCAGAUGAGUGUGGCUGCAGCCGCUGCCUACGGACGCUCGCCCAUGGCUGGUUUCGAGCAUCCUCAUAUGAGAGCUCCCGGCCUCCCUGCCAGCCUCACCUCAAUCUCUGGGGGAAAACCAGCGUACUCUUUCCAUGUCAGUGCUGACGGACAGAUGCAGCCUGUACCCUUCCCUCCAGAUGCACUAAUUGGUCCAGGGAUCCCACGCCACGCCCGUCAGAUUAACACCCUCAGUCAUGGUGAGGUUGUGUGUGCCGUCACAAUCAGUAACCCCACUCGCCAUGUCUACACCGGUGGCAAGGGCUGUGUUAAGAUCUGGGACAUUAGUCAGCCUGGAAGCAAGAGCCCAGUGUCUCAACUAGACUGCCUGAACAGGGAUAACUACAUUCGCUCCUGCAAAUUGUUGCCUGAUGGCCGUACUCUAAUCGUUGGAGGAGAGGCCAGCACUCUAACCAUUUGGGAUCUUGCCUCCCAGACACCCCGCAUUAAAGCCGAGCUGACCUCCUCUGCGCCGGCCUGCUAUGCGCUGGCCAUCAGCCCUGAUGCUAAAGUGUGCUUCUCCUGCUGCAGUGAUGGCAACAUUGCCGUCUGGGACCUCCAUAACCAAACCCUUGUCAGGCAGUUCCAGGGUCACACCGAUGGUGCCAGCUGCAUUGACAUCUCUCAUGAUGGGACCAAGUUGUGGACGGGAGGCCUUGACAACACAGUACGCUCCUGGGACCUCAGAGAAGGACGGCAACUCCAACAGCAUGACUUCACAUCUCAGAUCUUCUCACUGGGCUACUGUCCCACGGGUGAGUGGCUGGCUGUUGGCAUGGAGAGCAGCAAUGUGGAAGUUCUCCACCACACCAAGCCUGACAAGUACCAGCUACACCUUCAUGAGAGCUGUGUUCUCUCUCUCAAGUUUGCCUAUUGUGGUAAAUGGUUCGUGAGCACUGGGAAGGACAAUCUGUUGAAUGCAUGGAGGACUCCCUACGGCGCCAGCAUAUUCCAGUCAAAGGAAUCAUCCUCAGUCCUGAGCUGUGACAUCUCAGCCGAUGACAAGUACAUUGUAACAGGCUCUGGAGACAAGAAGGCCACAGUGUAUGAAGUGAUCUACUAGACUGAGCUGUAACAGCCUGAAGCAGCUCAGGCCUCUGGAGGAGGGAGGGAGGGACAGAUGACUUCUCCCUCCAGUGACUCUCCUAGUCAAACAGACAGGAACAGCCUUUGUCUCUCUGUCCGACUGCCUGUCUCAUUCUCACUGACUAUAUUACUGACUGACCUAACCGCAGCUUGGACGAGUGGGCACUGGGGUGACGGGACAUGAGCUGCCUGGACUUGGACAUAAAUAUGCAGCCCUACAGACCCCAAAAACCUCCUCCACCAUGACCACACUCAGCCCAGUUUAUAUGGCACUAGAGAACAUUGUCUCAAUGUUUCUUUCCUUGCUGUUUUUUUCCCGUCAUUUAUUUCUUUGAUGGAUUUUGUCUUUAUUCUCACACUCUAAGCGGUGAGAAUUAUCCAUGAUGCAUCGUGAAGCAGUACUUCGUUCUGAAACUUCAUCUGCGUGGAGGCUAUGUGAAAAGUGUACAUAAUGGAGUAUUAAAAUGCCUUUUAUAGAUUUCUAUUUUGGUGUCCAGUUACAAAUGUGAUGGUUCUCUUUCUCUCUCUCAUUCUCUCCUUGAUGCCUCGUUUCCCCUUUGAGGUUUGGAAAUUAGAUUAAGACAUUUUUUUUCUAAGGAUAUUCUAUUCUGUUUUUUCCCCCUUUGAGAAGUUCAUUUUCCAGGCUGACCUUUUAUGGAAAUCUAAUUUGCUUUUUCCCCCCUCCCUCCUGAAAAACAAUUGAGCUGAAUUGCAUUAGAGGCAUUUUUUUGUAUUUUGAGGGGCUUAAACCCCAUUGCAAAGCACCUGAGACUGCAGUUUAGGCUCCAUAGGAGAGGCAGUUCAGUUCUCCAACAAACCCUCUGAGCACCCGUAUCUCACUGUUUGCUUCACCUUCCUGCUCUUGGCCUCAACGAAAAUCAAGACCCUGCCUUCUGCAAGCAGAGAGUCCCUCUUGGGGGACAAGGCCUGGAUUUUGAAUUAAGAUUGUAUUUACCAAUUAGUAGAGGACAAUUCUCAAACCUGUGUCGUCAUUGUGCUGUUGUAUGACCAGGACAUGACGUCUUGUAGUGGAAGGCUUGAAAUUUGGAUAAAUUGGUUGUUUUCCUCCCCAUUCCUGAGUCCCAGUGACAUACACUGUGGUUUGUGUGCAUAGUGUUUCAUAUACAGGAAGCACAUAGUAAAGGUAAAAUGUCUGCAGAUAAGCCAAAUGGACCAUAACACUCUUGCCAAGAAAUUUACUAGAUGUCCAGCUUGUUUAUAUCGUCACACUGUUAGCAUCCCCCUCCCAAACAAGAGCAAAGAGCUGCAAGAAACGGACACUUCUCAAAACACACACCAAAGUAUGUAGCAAACUGUGUUGUUGUCACUGAAUAU